AUGUACAAAUGUAAUAGUUUUCUCGAUCACGGGCUUUCAAAGCAGUUCUUGAACUAUACAGGAUGUGUUAAGAGUAAUAAUGAGACCAUCUUUUUCGAAACGCAAGAUCAAGACGAUCCUCCACUUUCUUUAGCAACAUAUUCAAGGGUUCAGCUUCCAGUGAAUAAGCUGGCUUUCUCUGCCGAUCCCUUUACAUUCAUAGCCCCUGAAUUCAUUGUUAGCAUUCAACUCUCUCAAGACUGUAGUUUUGGGGUCAUUGUACUAGCGUUGGUGCUCCUUUUCUGGCACCACAAACAAAAACAGAAACAUGUCAGGCUACGAUCAGCGAGUCAAUACCCAAAUGAUGCAGAUCCAGAUAGUGGCAGAGUCUUCUUCGGAGUCCCAAUCUUCUCCUACGUGGAGCUUCAAGGGGCAACCAAGAACUUUGACUCCUCCAACAAACUUGGAGAUGGAGGAUUCGGCUCUGUUUACUAUGGGAAGUUUCAAGAUGGGCGUGAAGUUGCAGUGAAACACUUAUUCAACCACAACUACAAGCCAGUGGAACAGUUCAUGACCGAAGUUGAGAUCCUCACUCGCCUACCUCAUAGAAAUCUUGUCUGCCUCUAUGGCUGCACUUCACGUCAGAGCCAUGAGCUCCUUCUUGUCUAUAAAUACAUCCCAAAUGGCACCCUUGCCAGUCACCUACGUGGCAGCUCAACAAAUCCUGCAUUGCUGACAUGGCCUAUUCGAAUCAAAAUCGCUAUAGAGACUACCAGUGCUUUGGCUUACCUUCAUGCUUCCAGCAUCAUCCACCCACCACAAGGAACACCAGGCUAUAUUGAUCCCCAGUAUCACUUUUGCUUUAGGCUAACAAACAAAAGUGAUGUGUAUAUUUUUGGGGUUGUGCUUAUAGAGUUGGUAUCUUCAAUGGUAGCAGUUGAUAUGGGAAGGAACAGAGAUGAGAUUACACUGGGGAGUCUUGCAAUAGAUAAGGAGACGAGGCCCUCCAUUGAUGAGGUUUUAGAGAUUUUAAUGAAAAUUGAGAAUGGGAACAAAGAAGACAAGAAUGCGGGGGGAAAUGGUGAUGGUGGUGAAAGUUCAAAAAAUAAAGCAGAUAUACAUGCAAGACCAGUGACUUCACUAAGCUUUGAUCAGGCAAAGUUGCUCAAGUCAGCAACUUCACAAAACGAUGCGAUUGAGAGAUGGGGAAAGGGAGAAGUUGAUCAGGCAAAGUUGUUUAGCAUCUAA